AUGUCUACAAAUCCUACAUCACCGGAUCACGUUCUUCCGCUUGAUGAAAUACAGGAAUCCGAUGUCGACGUUAUUACUACUACAAAUGAACAGCCCAAACAGGCCUAUUCACGGCCGCUUAGAAGCAAAAAUUCUCAUCGAUCUGUUCCAACACUUUCAUCAAUGUUAAGGUCACAAUCAGCGAGCGGUGCUCGUUUUUUUAAUAGUUUAGUGCCACGAACGAUGACUCAUCGGCAAAAAGCAGAAAUUCAACUAGAAAGUAUUCUAAAUGACCCUGAAGCAGCACUACCCGCAUUUGCACGUCGUGCCAGUGAUAAUUUUGAUGAUGAAAUAUCUGUUGAGAAUGCUUCAAAACUACUCAAUACUCAACCAUUCAUUAUCAAACGCAUUGUCAAUGCAUUAAAAUUCUCUAAAGAUGACGAAGAUAUUGAAGUGUUGGAUAAAGCUCAAAUACAAAAACUAACACGCGUGUUAAAUGGCACUUUGGAUGUUCGAGCACUUUUAUUCUUCAUGAUGUUGGAUGAAAAUAGUGAUGGUUACGUUUCCGAUAAUGAAUUAUCGCAGUUCUAUGAAGAAUAUCUACGAAAUUUGAAAACAUUUGAUACUAAUCGUUCGCAAGAAGUCAGCCAAGUCUUACUUCAAAAGUUUCAUCUUCAUGAUAAAUCAAGGAUGGAUUUCGAAGAAUUCUAUACGCUUGUGUCAAAAGAUGCGACACUACUUGCAUCAUUAUCGCAAUUCACUGUCGAGCCAACAUGGUUUGUCAAAUCGACAGAAACACAACCAAAGAAGCAAACAAAACUUCAACAAUUCUUGACUAGGAUAUGUUGGCAACAAUCAAUGUAUGAACAACAAAAAAACAAAUUAACUUGGGAUUAUAUCAAAGAUAAUCUCUCUCGCAUUACUGUUUUUACUCUUUAUAUAUUAGCCAACUUAGCCUUACUUCUCUAUGUUGUUGUCUAUCGUUCAACGGUAACGAAAUCCAAUGGUUUUGUUGUGUUCGCACGAAUUGGCGGCAUGUUAUUAAACUUUAACUGCGCAUUAAUUAUUGUUCUAAUGCUUAAACAGACAAUUCUAUUGAUUCGAACGAAUAAGUUAUUACGAAAAUUAAUACCCGUCGAUGAUCAUAUCGAUUUUCACAAAGUUGUUGGGCGUGUUAUUGCCGGUUUAGCUAUUCUACAUACCAUUGCACAUAUGGCGAAUUUUGGAACUAUGACGAGUCAUUCAUGGGGUACUUAUAUGUUUACGACAACUCCAGAUAUUGGAUGGGUUGGUGGCUUUGCACCAUUGAGUGGAGUCAUUCUAUGCGUUAUUCUGGCUAUCAUCGUCGUGUUUUCAAUGCAAUGGAUUCGACGCGGUGGGCACUUUCAGCUUUUUUAUUGGACACAUCUACUGUAUCUUCCAUUCUUCAUAUUUCUUAUUCUUCAUGCCGGUAAUUUUUGGAAAUGGAUCAUCGGACCUUUAUCUUUGUUUUUAAUCGAGAAAGCUUACUCGAUUCUAAAACGUUAUUCAUCCAGUAGUGGUCGAACUUAUCUUCGUUCAGUAACAAUCGAGCAAUCCAAUGUCAUUAGUUUGAAUAUUCACCGACCGAAGAAUUUUACUUUUCGACCCGGUGACUAUCUGACCAUCAACAUUCCUAGUGUCACGCUGUAUGAAUUUCAUCCGUUUACGAUUAGUAGUGCUCCGGAGAGAAUCGAUCAGCUGACGAUACAUAUCCAAGCAGUUGGAAACUGGACAAAACAGGUUUAUCAAUACUUCCUUGAUAUGUCGGAAAGUACUGCCGAAGAGAAACAGUUAAAAAUCUUCCAUGCUAAUCGUUCUGACAGUCAAGUUGCAGCAACUGAAUUACAAAACGAAGAUAAUCAAGAUGCUAUAGUAAAUAUAGGUGAAAGUGGAUCAGACAGUGAUAAUGAUGAAAGUGCCUCAAAAAUGAACACAAAAUUAAGCAGACGAGAACGGGUUGUCAUCAACGGACCGUAUUCUUCCUGCGCACGUUAUGUUUUCGAUUGUAAACACAUUGUGCUAAUCGGUGGUGGUAUUGGUAUUACACCUUAUGCAUCGAUUCUAUCAAGUCUUAUGGAACAAUUCCGUGCCUCGCGGAUUGUAUGCAGUAAUUGUCAGCACAUAAAUUAUCAUCGUAAAGGUUUGAUUGAAAAUCGUCGUUUGAGAAAAGUUGACUUCAUUUGGGUCAAUCGUGAUCAGAAGAACUUUGAAUGGUUUCUUAAUCUUCUUCGUCAAUUCGAACAAGAACAAGAAUAUUAUCUGGCGUCAAAUUCCAAUGAACAACGUUUUCUUGAUAUACAUUUAUAUUUCACAGAAAUUAAACACGAAGAAAACAUUGGCAAUGUCCCGUUGGAUGUUAUUACGAAGGUCUGGGCACAAAUAGCUGGUCAGGAUAUAUUCACCAGUCUGAAAUCAAAGACACAUAUCGGUCGACCGAAAUGGGAAGAAAUCUUCGAUGAACUAAUUUCUGACGAUAAUGCUUCGACAGCUGAUGAUGUCAAUGUAUUUUUUUGUGGACCGGCAACGAUGGCACAGGCUAUUCGUAGUCAUUGUGUCAAAUAUCGAUUUCGAUUUUAUGAAGAAAAAUUCUAG